GGACUCCUCUAUGCCCCUGCGAGGGCUGUAAGAGGAGGACGAACGGCGAUGGCGGCGGUCGCAGCGAAUCCUUCGGCUACGGCCGAGGACCCAGAGCCACAGCGCGAAGCGGUGCCGGGCCUAGAGAGCCAGCGGCGCCAGAUUGAGAACGUCGAGAGUGGGCGAGAGCGUCCACUACGGGCCGGCGAAAGCUGGUUCCUUGUGGAGCAGCACUGGUACAGACAGUGGGAAGUGUACGUGCAGGGAGGAGCGCAGGACUCGAGCACCUUCCCUGGCUGCAUCAACAAUGCUAAGCUCUUUGAAGACCAGAUAAACUGGUGCCUCAAGAAGGGAUUGGUGGAAGGUGAGGACUAUGUGCUGCUGCCCUCGGCUGCUUGGCAUUUCCUGGUCGGCUUGUAUGGUCUAGAGCAGGGCCAGCCGCCCAUUGAACGCAAGGUUGUAGAGCUGCGUGGCACCCAGAAGGUUGAAGUGUACCCAGUAGAACUGCUGCUUGUCCAGCACAGUGAUAUGGGCACACCCCACAGUGCUCAAUUCAGCCAAAUAGAUUCUAUUGACCUCGUUUUGCGUACCGCUCGAGAGAAGUUUCUGGUCCGCCCUGAGAAAGAGACACGACUCUGGGUCAAGAACUCACAGGGAUCUUUUGAGAGGUUGUGCAACACACGUGUCACAGUGCUUGACGCUGCUCUCAAGUCUGGGCAGUUGGUGGUCAUGGAGACCCGAAGCAAGGAUGGCACUUGGCCCAGCACACAGCCGCAAGCUGGGAACAAAGCAUCGAAGGAGGAUGAGGACUUCCAGGGCCAGCCAGGCAUCUGUGGUCUCACCAACCUGGGCAACACUUGCUUCAUGAACUCAGCCCUGCAGUGCCUCAGCAAUGUGCCACAGCUCACCGAGUACUUCCUCAAAAACCGCUACCUGGAGGAGCUCAACUUCUGCAACCCGCUGGGCAUGAAGGGGGAGAUCGCAGAGGCCUAUGCGGACCUGGUGAAGCAGGCUUGGUCUGGCCACCACCGCUCCAUCGUGCCCCAAAUGUUCAAGACCAAGGUCGGCCACUUUGCAUCCCAGUUUCUGGGCUACCAGCAGCAUGACUCACAGGAGCUGCUGUCAUUCCUCCUGGAUGGGCUGCAUGAGGACCUCAAUCGUGUCAAAAAGAAGGAAUAUGUGGAGUUGUGCGAUGCCGCCGGGAGGCCAGAUCACGAGGUGGCUCAGGAGGCUUGGCAGAACCACAAGCGGCGGAACGAUUCUGUGAUUGUGGACACUUUCCACGGCCUCUUUAAGUCCACGCUGGUGUGCCCUGAUUGUGGCAAUGUGUCUGUGACCUUCGACCCCUUCUGCUACCUCAGUGUCCCGCUGCCUGUCAGCCACAAGAGGGUCAUGGAGGUCUUCUUUGUCUCCAUGGACCCCCGCCGCAAACCAGAGCAGCACCGGCUCGUGGUUCCCAAGAAAGGCAAAAUCUCGGAUCUUUGUGUGGCCCUGGCCAAACACACUGGUGUCUCACCAGAAAGGAUGAUGGUGGCCGAUGUUUUCAGUCACCGCUUCUAUAAGAUCUACCAGCUGGAGGAGUCUCUGAGCGGCAUCUUGGACCGAGACGAUAUCUUCAUAUAUGAAGUGUCAGGCAGGUCUGCAAUCUGCGAGAACUCCAGAGAGGACGUGGUGCUCCCUAUCUACUUGCGUGAGCGCACCCCAGCCCGGGACUACAACAACUCCUACUAUGGCCUGAUGCUGUUCGGACACCCCCUGCUGGUGUCAGUGCCCCGGGACCGGCUCUCCUGGGACUCCCUGUACCACAUCCUGCUGUACCGCCUCUCACGCUAUGUGACCAGACCCAGCUCGGAUGAUGAGGAUGAUGGCGAUGAGAAAGGCGCACCUGUGACGUCCUACCCUAUCCUAGCAGACGUGGCAGCUAAGGACAGCAUCCCCAAGCCUGGACACGUGGCUGGGGGCAGCUCCCAGAACCCGGGGCCAGAGCAGGCUGGGCCCAGCUCUGGAGUCGCAGGCGGGAGCCGCGCCCCCGUGAACAACUCCCCUGGACCAUCUCACUGGCCCCAGAGAGCACGGCGCAAGCACCUGUUCACCCUGCAGACGGUGAACUCCAACGGGACCAGCGACCGCUCGAACUUUAACGAGGAUACUCAAGCCCAGCCAUACAUUGCCAUCGACUGGGAGCCAGAGAUGAAGAAGCGGUACUAUAACGAGGUGGAGGCUGAGGGCUACGUGAAGCAUGACUGCGUCGGGUAUGUGCUGAAGAAGGCUCCUGUGCGGCUGCGAGAGUGCAUUGAGCUCUUCACCACUAUGGAGACCCUGGAGAAGGAAAAUCCCUGGUUCUGCCCCUCCUGCAAGCAGCACCAGCUGGCCACCAAGAAGCUGGACCUGUGGAAGCUGCCGGAGACGCUCAUUAUCCACCUGAAGCGCUUUUCCUACACCAGGUUCUCCCGCGAAAAGCUGGACACCCUUGUGGAGUUUCCUCUCCGGGACCUGGACUUCUCGGAGUUUGUCAAGCCGCACAACGAGUCGGCCCCAGAGCUGUACAAAUACGAUCUCAUCGCGGUGUCCAACCAUUAUGGGGGCCUGCGUGAUGGACACUACACAACAUUUGCCUGCAACAAGGACAGUGGCCAGUGGCACUACUUUGAUGACAACAGCGUCUCGCCAGUGACUGAGAAUCAGAUUGAGUCCAAGGCAGCCUACGUCCUCUUCUACCAACGCCAGGAUGUGGCGCGUCGCCUGCAUCCCCAGCCGGACUUAUCUGACCCUCCAGCACCUCCUGCCUGCGGUCAGCCCCCCAACACCGAGUUCAUGGAUGUGAACUGAGCAGGCCCUGGCCCUGCCACGUUAACAGAAGUUAUCUCUGUUCUCUUCUUUCCCCUCUCCAGCCGCCCCCCCUCCGACCCUUAUCCUCUUAACCGUCCCUUUAACUAUUCUCUUAAAGGUGUUAGGUGCCCCAGUGCCAGGUGUUGCAGGCUUAGUUGUGGCUACUGUUCUCCUGUGCCGCCAUGUUGCUGUUUCUUGGGGAACAAGAGGUGUCUCCUCCCGGCAGUGUGACCCUGCCUGUGUUUGCCCCUUAGAGCAUUAACCUUCCCUUCUAUUCUCUAUUUAUGGUGUUGCCUUCCCUCUGUUAUCAACCUGGGGUGUUCUGCAUGGGUGGUGGUGGGGUACACCCGAACACAAGAGUGUAUUUUCUUAUUGAGACCCUGUAUCUUUCUCUGUGUAUACAUAAAGUGCCAGUGUGUUUCUCGGCA